AUGAGUUUGAAGGCUGUGAAAUGGCAGAUCGCUCAUGGGGCAUUGGCCAGGCGUGUUGUUAUUCGAACAUUCCUUCUGGCCUUGGCUGUUUCGACUGUUCCUUUGUUGCAUAUUUUGACGGGUACCGAUUUCGGAGUGAUCUUUCGCGAUUGUGUUGUAAAAUCUGGCGAUGUGGAAGCGAGAGUUUCUCGAGGUUCGUAUAUGUUUCAAGGUCACUUUCUGAAUCCAAUUUGGGAGCCAUUCGUAGCGAUUCACUGUGAGGAAAACAUGAAUCUGACGACUAAUGUCGUUGCUGAGCUAAUGGAGAAGAAAUUGUUGGAUCAUAGUGCAAAAUCUCUCUGCGUUGGAGAGGGAUCGGGCUCCGCCGUUUUGGCACUGAGGGACAUGGGAUUCAAUGAUGUUAUUGGUGUUGGUCAACACAGAUUUUUCUCUCUAAGGAGAAAACAUUUCGUUUAUGAACUGGACUUUAAGGAUCAAUACUUUGAUUUUGUUUUCUCUAGAGACCUAGACAGGUAUUCAGUCCCUGCACUUUUGGUGCUCGAGAUCGAGCGUGUGAUUCGACCUGGUGGAAUUGGGGCUGUUAUUGUGGGCACGACUGGUUCAGUGCCGAAUAAUUUGAUUAGAGCUGCAAUUCCAGUGUCAUCUUUGCUUAAAGCUUCCACUGUGAUGCAUGUUGGCCAUGUUAAUAACUUAACUCUGGUUGUAUUUAAGAAGAAACUCGAAGAAUUUGCGCAUUUGGAGCCUCGCCCUUCGUUUGAAUGUCGCUCUCUCACAAGGAACAAGCCUUUAAUUCCAAAAAUGGAGCCUCUUGUGAAAGCAAAACCUGUGGGAUUUGACAAGAAGCUGGCUUAUUUGCCUAAGCUUGUAAAUGCUUCCAACGGGGAAAAGUUGGUUUAUGUUAAUAUUGGUACAGGGAAGCGCCUGAAUUACACCAACAGAGAUUGGUUUCCACCUUCUUAUCCGGUGGAUCGCAGAGAUUUUAAUGUUUAUUUUGUUGAUUACGACAUGUCCUCUCUCGCCGCACAUAUCCAUAUGCCUGGAGUCACGUUUGUUUAUCAUCCUGGCCUGGCUGGAACUGAUCGUACUACAGAUAACGAUGGCGCCGAUGAUGAAGACGAAGAAGAACCUUACAUCGACGACGAGUUUGAUUUUCUAUCUUGGUUCAAGGAAACUGUGCAGCAUGCCAAUUUCGUCGUCUUGAAGAUGGAUGCAGGGAAGGAGGAACUGAAGUUUCUAUCAGAUUUGUUCGAAAGCAGGGUGAUUUGCUGGGUGGACGAGCUGUUUCUGAGCUGCAGAGAUGGGGUUGAUGAAGAUGGCGAGGUGAAGAAAAGAGACUGUAUGGAUCUGUUCAAGGAUUUGAGAAACAGUGGUGUGUAUGUCCAUCAAUGGUUUCUGGACGCUCCUUCCUCCAUGAAACUCUGA